AUGGCAGAUUUGAAAGUUGGCGCUCGUCCCCAAGACGAGGUCUCCUCUCAAGAGGAUCCUUCUGUCCCUCACACUAUUGACGAGAAAAAGGUCCCCGUGGACGUCAGCACCGACCCUUCAGUGGACGUGGUGGACGAGGAUGAGGAGGUGGACAUUCAUCAUCCAGCCAACCAGGAUGAUAUUUUGACACAGACUCUCCAUGUUCAAGAUGACCCUACAUUGAACUGUUUUACAUUCCGUACCUGGUUUUUAGGUGUUGGUCUGGCAGUAUUUGGCGGCACCAUCUCAUCCAUCUACUACUUCAAGCCGCAAACCGUUGUGGUAUCUACCGUUUUCGUUGCCGUCCUCGCAUACCUCCUUGGCGAGGGUCUGUCCAUGAUCAUUCCCAGAAAAGGAUGGAUUGGAAAAUGGUUCAAUCCUCAUCCUUUCAACGUGAAAGAGCAUCUGGCUAUCAUUGUCAUGGCAAAUUCAGCCAGUACCGCCGCCCUUGGUAUCGAACUUCUGGCGGUUGAGCGACUCUAUUACGACGCAAAGCUCAAUGGUGCACUAUCUAUCUUCCUUUUAUUCUCAUCCCAGAUGCUGGGCUAUGGAUUUGGUGGAUUGAUGCGCAAAACGCUCGUCUACCCAAAGACCAUGAUGUGGCCUCAGAACCUUCCAGUGAACAACAUGCUGGAAACGUUGUAUCGCCCUCGCUCACUGACUCGGAAACCUCUCAAGGUAUUCGGAAUUGUAUUUUCUCUCAUCUUUUGCUGGGAGAUCAUUCCAGAGUGGAUCAUGCCUAUCCUCACGGGUGUGAGCAUCUUUUGUCUGGCCAACCAGAAUAGCUCUGUCUUUACCAACGUCUUUGGCGGUGCCAGUGGAAACGAAGGCAUGGGCCUGUUCUCCCUGUGCUUGGAUUGGGAUUACAUCUCGGGAGGUUACUCUCCGCUCUACUAUCCGGUCGAUAGUUUGAUCAGCCAAGGAGUCGGCGUUAUUCUAUGCAUUGUGGUGUUUUCUGGUGUUUACUACACCAACACCUGGAACGCACAGAACUUUCCUUUCCUUUCACAGGUCCUGUUCAGUGAGAACGCGACCAUGGAAAACCAACUCCAAUGGAACCAAACUCUGGUGAUUGGCUCCGACAAUCGCAUUAGUCAAGAAGCGUUGGCCACGGUAGGAUUACCGUGGUUUGCGGCCACCUACGUGAUCAAUAUUCUGACGUCCAAUAUGUGCGUCUCCGCUGGUAUCACCCAUAUGCUUCUCUGGCACUGGCCAGAAAUGAAGACGGUGCUGAGAAUCUUCCACUGGAAAGCCCUCGCACAAAAGUUGAACCCCAAGAAUUGGAACCUAACGUUCUGGCGGGACCAAGCAAAGCCUGACCCCGAACAGGAGAACUAUGACCCACACUACAAGCUGAUGAUGGCCUACAAGGCGGUUCCGGAUUGGUGGUACCUUUGCGUGCUGGCGCUUUCGGUCGUUGUGGCACUGAUUUGUCUCUACAAGGGAGAUUCAACCUUGCCAUGGUGGGGGUUUUUGGUGUCAUGCUUAGUCGCAUGGCUGUUCCUGCUAAUUUUCGGAUCCAUGCAAGCGACAACCGGUAUUCCCUUCAUUAUCCAGCCUAUUGUCCAAUUGAUCGGAGGAUAUAUCCAACCCGGCAAUCCUGUUGCCAAUAUGUAUUUCACGCUUUAUGGUUACAACUCCGUGAUUCAAGGUUCUCUUUUAUGUCAAGACCUUAAGCUCGCUCAAUAUGGUCACCUGGCCCCUCGCGUCACCUUUACUAUGCAAAUGAUCGGAACUUUCAUUGGUGCCAUUUUCAACUAUAUCAUGAUGAACAGCAUCGUUACCAACCAACGGGAGAUCCUUCUGUCGGUGGAAGGUACCAACAUUUGGUCUGGUCAACAGCCCCAACAGUACAACACCUUGUCCGUCGCAUGGGGAGGUCUAGCCCACGAGUUGUUCUCAGUCGGCUCACGCUACCAGUGGUGCAGCAUCAUCAUCCUUGUUGGCUUCAUUACGCCACUUCCUUUUUACUUCCUCCACAAGCGCUUCCCGUCCCUUGGUCUAAACAACGUCAACACAUCGGUUAUGAUCUAUUAUAUCUCCUACCUUUGUGUGGGAAUCAACUCGUCCAUCAUGUCAUUCUUCAUCAUUGGAUUUGCAUCCCAGUGGUACUUGAGACGCUACCAUCCCAACAUCUUCAUCAAGUACAAUUAUCUGGUCUCGGCCGCGUUGGACGGUGGCACUUCAAUCAUUAUCUUCAUCUUGUCAUUUGCGAUUUUUGGAGCUGCCGGAAAGUCGGUUUCCUUCCCAACGUACUGGGGAAAUAAUGAAAACGGGAACUAUGAUCUAUGCCUGUAUACUGAUUAG